GCGGCGGCGGCGCUGAGCUCCGCGUCGUCCGACACCGGCACGCGGCGGCUCUGCGACCUGCGGGUGAUCGACCUGCGGGCCGAGCUGCGGAAGCGCAACCUGGACUCGGGCGGCAACAAGAGCGUCCUCAUGGAGCGCCUGCGGAAGGCGAUUGAAGAUGAGGGAGGAAACCCGGAUGAGAUUGAGAUUUCUUCUGAGGGAAGCAAGAAGGCGCUAAAGAGAUCCAGCAAAGCUUCCACAGUGUCGAAGGCUUACAGAAGUGAAGGUGGCCGCUUCUGGAACACACAUGUCAUUGACCUGUUGACUCCAAUGAUCUCUUCAGGGCGGAAACUGGAAGAAGAGGGUGUGGAAGACAACGGGCUGGAGGAAAAUUCUGGAGAUGGCCAGGAGGAUGUGGAAACCAGUCUGGAGAACUUGCAGGACAUCGACAUGAUGGACAUCAGCGUCCUGGACGAGGCAGAGAUCGACAACGGCAGCGUGGCCGACUGUGUGGAGGACGAUGACGCUGAUGGCCUCCCCGAGUCCCUAUGUGACAGUCGGGACCUGGCGGAGGGAGACCUGCGGGAGCUUCCAGAGCAGCUACAAGAGCAUGGCAUCGAGGACAGAGAUUUACACAACUUAGACACUUCAUCGUCUGAUUUCACCAUCUUACAGGAAAUUGAAGAGCCUUCCUUGGAGCCAGAAAAUGAGAAAAUACUCGGCAUUUUGGGGGAAACUUGUAAAUCUGAGCCAGUAAAAGAAGAAGGUUUCGAGCUGGAGCCGCCAUUGGCGCAGGACACGAGUAGCAUGGGGCCAGACAGAAAGCUGGCGGAGGAAGAGGACCUUUUUGGCAGCGGCCAUCCGGAGGAGGGUGACUUAGAUGUGGCCAGCGAGUCCCCGGCACACGCUCAGUGGAGCAAGGCAGACACCCUGUUAGCGGUAGUGAAAAGGGAGCCCGUGGAGACAGGCGAAGGCGGAGGCGACAGCCCGGACUGUGAGCCUGCGCUAGGGCUAGAGAAGCCAGUUGAGGCCCAGAGUAGUAAAGCCUCAGAGCCCGCGGAGGCCUCUAGCGAGGCGGCGGCAGAAGCGGCCCGGGAAGCCUCAAGCCCAGAGCCCAGAGAUAGCAAAGAAGACGUGAAGAAGUUUGCUUUUGACGCUUGUAAUGAAGGCCCUCCGGCUGCUAAAGAGUCCUCAGCCAGUGAGGGCGCUGAGCCGAACACGAGCUCUGUGGAAGAUGACCCGGAUGCGAAAAAGCCCUCCAAAGAUGAUAAGGGUAAGAACAACAACACUUGCCGGAAUUUCUGGGUUAGUGGACUGUCUUCUACCACCAGAGCUACGGAUUUGAAGAACCUUUUCAGUCUCUAUGGGAAGGUGGUGGGCGCCAAGGUGGUAACGAACGCCCGGAGUCCUGGAGCACGCUGCUACGGCUUCGUUACUAUGUCCACAGCUGAAGAGGCCAGCGAAUGCAUUAGCCAUUUCCACAAGACUGAACUCCAUGGGAAGAUGAUCUCUGUGGAAAAGGCAAAAAACGAGCCGAUAGGUAAGAGGAUCUCUGAGAAGAGAGAGGGGGAUGGCAAGAAAGAGAAGGCCAGCAACAGUGACAGAUCUGCAAACCUCAAGAGAGAGGACAAAGGGGACCGGAAAGAUGACAUGAAGAAGGGUGAAGAUGGAGAAAAGAGCAAAGACCAGGAUGACCCCAAAUCUGGCCCCUGGGAGCGAGUGCGCACCACCAAGUCAGGAAGUCGGGGAACUGAGCGGACAGUAGUCAUGGAUAAGUCCAAGGGUGUGCCUGUCAUCAGUGUCAAGACAUCAGGCUCCAAGGAGAGGGCUUCCAAGAGCCAGGACCGGAAGUCAGCCAGCCGAGAGAAGCGCUCUGUGGUGUCUUUCGAUAAAGUCAAGGAACCUCGCAAGUCCAGAGACUCGGAGUCCCGUAGGGUUCGGGAGCGCAGUGAGCGGGAGCAGCGAAUGCAAGCGCAGUGGGAGCGGGAAGAGCGGGAGCAGCGCGAGCAGUUGGAGAUCGCCCGGGAGCGCCUGGCAUUCCACCGGCACUGGCUGGAGCGGGAACGCAUGGAACGGGAGCGGCUGCAGCGGGAACGUAUGCACGUGGUGCAGGAGCGGAGGCGCGAGCAGGAGCGCAUCCACCGUGAGCGCGAGGAGCUGCGGCGCCAGCAGGAGCUGCGCUAUGAGCAAGAGCGGCGGCCAGCCAUGCGCAGGCCCUACGACGACCGGCGAGAUGAUGCCUACUGGCCGGAAGCCAAGCGGCCCGCCCUGGACGAUCGCUACCACUCGGACUUCUCGCGCCAGGACCGCUUCCAUGACUUUGACCACAGGGACCGCGGCCGCUACCCCGACCAUUCUGUGGACAGGAGAGAAGGUUCCCGCUCCAUGAUGGGUGAACGAGAGGGACAGCACUACCCUGAGCGCCACAGUGGCCCUGAGCGCCAUGGUCGGGACUCCCGGGACGGCUGGGGCAGUUACUGCUCUGACAAGCGGAUGAGCGAGGGCCGGGGCCCACCACCUCCCAGGGGCCGCCGGGAGUGGGGUGACCACAGCCGGAGAAUGGACGAUGAUCGCACAUGGCAGGGUGCUGCUGAUGGAGGCAUGAUUGACAGGGACCACAAGCGGUGGCAAGGUGGUGAGCGAAGCAUGUCUGGGCACUCGGGGCCCGGGCACAUGAUGAACCGGGGCGGCAUGUCUGGGCGCGGCAGUUUUGCCCCCAGCGCUUCCCGCGGCCACGUGAUGCCCCGCGGUGGGAUGCAGGGCGGUUUUAGUGGGCAGAAACGGGGCAGCCGUCCCAAUGAUGCCCGCUUCACGCGCCGCUACUGAGGCCUGCGCCAGAGUAUGUUAGUUCUCUUAAGCCGUGUAAAAUAAGUUUUUUUUUUAUCUGCUGCCAUAUUGUAUGUAGCUCAAUACAAUGUGAACUUUGUUCUUUAUUUUGUUUGGUUCCCCCACCGGUUUUUGUUUUUUUUUUUUCUAUUAAAUGUGUUUCUGUUCACAUA